AUGACAUUCCAGGAUCACGACAAUUUUGCAAAGCGUUUCACUUGGGUUGAAAUGCAUGACAACUUCAUUCUAAAAGUUGUGUUAUCAUCCAGCCCUUCAAACUCUGACUUCAUUGCUAUGGCCAUCUAUUCUAACAUUCGGAAAUUGGCAAUUGCUAGACCAGAAGAUGAAGCAUGGACUACAAUACCAAGUGAAUGGUCUGGAUUUUGUGAUUUCAUAUACUACAAGGAAAAGUUUUAUGCCAUAAAUUGGCAAGGGAAGGUGGUGUCUUGUGAUGUUGGUGCGCAUCCAAAGACUACUCUAAUCACAACGCCUGUGAGACAAAUUUAUGGACAGGUUUACUUGGUUGAAUGUUCAGGGGAGCUAUUACAGGUUGUAAGAAAAAUGAAAUUUGACAAUUAUUCUCCUGAUUACGAGACCGUAGGGUUCAAUGUUUUCAAGCUGGAUUCAUACAGCAAUUUGUGGGUUGUGAUGAAAAAUUUGGGUGACCAAUCAUUGUUUCGAGGUUACAAUACUUCUUUCUCAAUUAGCUGUGACAACUCUCGAGCGAUAAGGGUCAAGAGAGAUUGUAUUUACUUCACAGAUGACUCUCUGGAUGCACAUUGGAUGUCCAAGGAGUUUGGUGGUAGUGACAUGGGAAUCUUUCACUUGGAAGAUGGACACAUUGAGCAUCAUUACUCUGGCCAUGUUUGUUAUCCUUCAGGACACAUUUGGUUUGCUCCUAACAAAUCAUAG